AUGCCUCUCGCUGAUUACAACCCGUUUGCCAAACGCGAAGAGUUCACACGGAACAAUCUCAUCGCCUACAAGGUCCUCACCAUCGUCACCUGGCUGUUGCUGGUGGUCGUCGGAGCCAUCUACACCUUCGACCAUCCAGAAGAUUGCAAACACAAGCACCGGUGCCACACAAUAUGGGGGCAGAACAACCAUGUGGUGACGCCCUUCACAUUGAACUCGGUUCUCACCAGUAUCUACUGGGUUGUUAUCCUGAUCUUGCAGGCACAUUACAUUCGGUAUCUGUGGAAUUCCGACAAGCAAAUUGUGACCAGCGCCGCCAAUGUCGGUAGCCACUUCAUCUUCCAUAACCUUCUCACCUUUGGCUUUAUCAUGCUCUGGGUGCGAGGCCAUUUCUGGCAAGGCGAACUGCUCCUCAUCAUCAACCUCUUCAACCUUACUCUCCUCUAUUUUGGACACCCAACCACGCCGCUGUUCAUCCAUGUCCCAAUCGUGUCUGCUCCUUUGGCAUGGAACUACGUCGCUAUUCUUUGGGAUGGUGCCGCCAUGGUGCACGCCCACAGUCUACCUGCCAGAAUUGUCGCCAACAUCUUCAUCUGGGGCAUCUUGGUGUUGGGUGGUUUCUUCGUUUUGACCUUCAAGGACUACACCAUGGGCCUCGAAUUGGCAAUUCUCUCGCUAUCAUUGGGCCUGGGUCAGGUAACAAGCCAUGUAAUCGCUGUCCAGUGGAUCUUCGCCUUCGUUAUUUCUGGUUGUCUUCUGGUUCUGUCACUGCUCAUUGGUGCUCCAAAGUUGUUUGGACAGGACAACAGCAUCCGCCAAGAAGGGGCAAUUGUCAGCGAAGACCGAGAACGAGCUCCCUUGUUGAACGAUCAGUAA